AUCCAAUUCCAAUAUGAUGCCUCUGUUUGCCGCUUCCUUACAUUUCAUACCAGAAUAGCCUCGUCUCUCUUGUUUUAUUCCUACCGCACGAACUUGCAACGUCGAGCAGCAGCUCAACCAACGUGCGCCCAUAGAAGACAUGGCGACUCCCUCACUGGACUCGGUAGACCUUUCCGAGAAUCGCCAAUCUAGUCUAUAUGCCUCGUCGACUAUCCCAUGCGGCAUCGCGCUGAUAUGCGUAGCACUUCGGUUCUGGUGCCGAUGGACCAACCGAGCAGGCUUGUGGCUCGAUGACUGGCUUAUCCUAGGUGCAACUGCUUGUGCGGUUGGACUAUCCUCCAUCUUGUUGUGGUGGAUACCUCGUGGCCUUGGAAGGCACAUUCAAACGUUUGGACCGAAUGCGACUGAAGACUUGUUCAUUGGUCUUUUCGUAUGCGAGUUAACUUAUACCGGAGUCAUCGUUUUUGUCAAGUUCUCUAUCCUCGCCUUGUAUUGGCGCAUCUUCAACAAGACAAGCAUCAGGUAUCCUAUAACUAUCCUGGGGAUUGCAGCUCUCAUGUGGGGUAUUGCUGUGUUUCUUCUCACCAUCUUACAAUGUAUUCCUACACGAGGGUUCUGGGACAAAAGUAUCGACGCCUCUUGCGAUGUGGACAGCCAGAAAUUUCUCUUCGCCAUCUCAAUACCCAACAUUCUAAUUGAUGUUGCCAUUCUUAUCAUGCCAAUUCCCUACGUCAUACGACUAAAUGUCUCUAAAAGCCAGAAGAGAGGUGUCAUCACAAUUUUUCUUCUGGGUGGCUUCGUUUGCUUGGCAUCAAUAAUGCGGCUUAUUGCAGUCGUCAACCAACCUAACAAUGUUGAUGUAACUUGGAACCUUGUCAACCAGGCCAUAUGGGCCAAAACCGAAGCUGAUUUCGCCAUAGUCUCUGGCUGCCUGCCAACAUUGCGUCCCAUUUUCGUGGCGCUCCGGCCAAAACGGUUCGGCUCCAACCCUUCAAAGUCUUCAUCGUACCAGAACUCAUUCAACAAGCGCCCAUCGAGAGGCAUAGAGGUCUCAUAUGGCAUUUCGAUUCUCAGGUCAAAAGCCACUGAUGAAGAAGACAUGCGUUCCUUCGCCGCUGUCGAGCACAACACGGAUGACGGCAUGCGCGACCAUGUAGAACUGCAGGACUCCGGCAGCGAAAGAGGACCUAUUGGGCUCAGAUAUUCAAGCAUACGAGAGUGACACAACGCCUGGAAUGGUGCUCCACGGAGGACCAGAUUUCAGAUGGCGCAAGAAAAAGGCCUCAACCGGGAUGGCGAUGCAAGUCAAGCUGUCCGAGUUGCG